AUGAUGUUGUUCAAGAACUUUGUCAGAUUGAAAAGAAAUAUUGGUAAUUCAAGUCUAAAACAUGAGCAAAGUCCUCUGGUUUUGUUGGAGAAAGAUGUAGAGUACAAAAAGGAUGGAGUGAUUGCAGGUAAAAAAAAAAAUGGUGGAACUGGAACUGGAACAAUCAAGUACAGUAAUCUGCCACUGAUGGUGCACCAAUCGUCGACUGAUGCAGCAUCAUCUCUGCUGGUGAGAGCUCUAAAUGAAGGGAGAGAUGUGAUCAUGGAUGGAACCUUAUCAUGGGAGCCUUUUGUGGAGCAGAGACUAUCUCCAUGGCAAGAAAUGUUCACAAAUGCAGAAGAAGAACAACCAGAAGAGAACAAUAAUGGAGAACCCCGUGAUCAAAAGCCUUACAGAAUAGAGUUAGUUGGUGUAGUUUGUGAUGGCUAUCUUGCUAUUGUUCGAGGCAUUAGCUAUUAUGAAUGGGAGAGCAGUGAGGGUGAAUUCACAGUUGAAAUCUCACAAAAGCUCAUAGAGUGGAAGGAUGAUGAUCAUAACCUGUUAGUAGAUCCUGAAGAUAUCAAAUGCUUGGAGAUGAUAGGAGGUUUGAAUGUGGAAGCUGAUUCCAUCUAUGAACUUUACAAGGAACCAAGCCUUACAAUGGAACCUGGUUCUGUUUCGAAGGAAAUUAUUCUAUCAUCUUCCAGGACAAGUCAUCAUAAAUGGUUAAGGGAAACAAUUCUGAAAAUAGGAAAAUCCAACAAGAAGCAGUAA